AUGAUUGGCGACGAGGGCGCAGCAGCCCUCGGCGGCGCUCUCGCGACAGGCGCCGCGGUGUUGACCGAGCUAAAGAUCACCCACAACGAGAUCGGUAUCGAGGGAGCCAAGGCGCUGGCCUCCGCUCUGCGCUUCAACAAGGUAUUGACCUCCUUGGACGUGGGCUGGAACAGCCUCACCGAGGAGGCGGCCCUCGGCAUCGUCCGCGUCGAGCGGCAGCGCAACAAGCUGACCUCCCUGGGCUUGGCUAGCUGCUUCAUCGGCCCGAUUGGCGCUGCAGAGAUCGCCGAGUACGUGUCGGGCAGCGGGGUGCUGACCGAUUUGCGCCUCAACAACAACAACAUCCGCGACGAGGGUGCCAAGGCGAUCGGCAAGGCGCUCGCGGUCAACGGGGUGCUGAAAAACCUCGACCUCGGCGAAAACGAGAUCGGCGACGAGGGCGCGAAGUCGAUCGGCGGCGCCCUCGCAUUCAACGGGGUGCUGACCAACCUCUUGCUCUGGAACAACAACAUCGGCGACGAGGGCGCCAAGGCGCUAGCAGCCGCUCUUGACGUCAACAGGGUGCUGACCAUCCUCGUGCUCUGGGCGAACAGCAUCGGUGACGAGGGUGCCAAGGCGCUAGCAUCCGCUCUUCGCGUCAAUACCUGGCCUCCGCGUCAAUUGACCGAGUUGGACCUCGGCGGGAACGAGAUCGGCGACGAGGGGCUCUAUGCGCUGGCCUCCGCUUUUGAGGUCAGCGGGGUGCUGACCGAUCUAUGGCAUCUGUGA